AAUGACUCCAUCACUAGCUAGCAAUUAAUCUGACUCUCUCUCUCUCUCUCUCUCUCUCUCUCUCUCUCAAUGGCUUCAUCAUCAGCAGUGCAGAUUCCGUUCCCUUCUAUCCACGAAGGAGAGAUGAAAGAGCUGCAGGAGAGGAGCCCCUUAAACCAGAGCCCGUUCCACACCACGCCGACCCGCGGCCUGCAAGCGCAGCCCACAACAUCUGCCGUGAUCGACAAGACGCUGUCGGGUGCGGCGAGUCUCGUGAAGCUCCUGCCGAGCGUGACGAUCCUCGCCUUCCAGUCCCUCUCGCCGUCCUUCACCAACCACGGCGUGUGCUACGCGUCGAACAAGUACCUCAUGGUCCUCCUCCUCUACUUCUGCGCCCUCUCCUGCCUCUUCUUCACCUUCACCGACAGCCUCGUCGGCCAAGACGGUAAGCUCUACUACGGGCUGGCAACCUUCAAGGGCUUCUACGUCAUCAACUACGACGGGCUUGACGAGGACCGGACGACUGUCUUCAAGGACCUGGGCCAGUACCGGAUACGGCUGCGGGACUACUUCCACGCCUUCUUCGCAGCGCUCCUGUUCUUGGCCCUGGCGUUCAGCAGUUUGGACGUGCAGACCUGCUUCUUCCCGAACGCCGGGCCCAACAUCAAGGAGCUCCUCCAGAACCUGCCCCUUGGGGCCGGGUUCCUCGCCGGCAUCGUCUUCUUCAUCUUCCCGACCUCGCGUAAGGGGAUCGGGUACAGCGAGUCGACGCCGCGGUCACAGUGAGAUAUUCAGUGAUUCAUCUAGAUGUUUCCAUCUCAUAGGGGUUCUUGUGGAAGCGUAAAUUGAGGAGGCUUGUUAAAUUUGGUUGCAAAUGAAGUUAGUUAGCAUUGAUUUGUAAUGUUUUACUUGUCUAUUUUUAAGAUUUGAUGCCCAAUUUUUA